AUGUUUCUCCUCAUGUUUUUGGUGCAUAAAAUAGGUACACUGAGCUGCCCUGCAAGUGAAGCUUUCCUUGUUCCCCAUGAGUGGUACCAGCCUGGAGACUUCACCAUUGGUGGGAUGGCAUCUCACAUGGGUUACCACUUUUAUGAAAUGAAAUUUGUUGAAAACCCUGCUUUAACACCUUACGAGUUACCAAUUGUGUUCACCAAAUUUCAUCAACACCUCCUUGCCUUGGCCUUUGCUGUGAAGGAGAUCAAUGAGGACCCCCAGAUCUUACCUAACAUCACUCUUGGGUUCCACAUCUACGACAGCUACCUCAAUGCAAGGAUGACCUAUCGUACCACUCUGGACCUGCUUUUCAAAUCCCAGGAAUUUGUCCCUAACUACAAAUGUGAUCGCAAGAAGAACCUCAUGGCUAUCAUUGGAGGAUUAGGUUCUGAUACAUCAUCUAAUAUAGCUGAAGUUGUAAGUUUUUACAAGAUUCCACAGCUGACCUAUGGCUCAUUAGCCCAAGAGGAGUUUCAGACUAGCAAAGGCUCUUCACUUUAUUUCAUGGCCCCAAAAGAGGACCAUCAAUACAUUGGAAUCAUUCAACUGCUUCAUCAUUUCAGAUGGACCUGGAUUGGGAUUUUUACUAUGGAUAACAACAACGGAGAGCGUUUCUUACAGAAAAUGCAGCCAAUACUUUCAGAAAAUGGGAUCUGUCCAUCGUUCAUGCGAAGGCUUUUACAACUAAUACACUUUGAGCACUAUAUAAAACUUUAUCACAUAAUCUCAGAUAUUUUCACUGAUUUGAAGAAUAGCAACACCACCACAUUUCUUGUCUAUGGAGAAUCACUAAUAAUUAUGUGUCUCAGGGCUAUCAUAUUUUUAACAGAUCCUGAAAACAAGCAAACUUCAUUAUUGAGAAAUAUGUGGAUCACGACUGCACAGAUUGAUUUUGUGCUGUCCGGCUUUCAAGUCAGUUGGGAUCUCCAGAUGUUCCAUGGGGCUCUUUCCUUCAGUGUUCAUUCAAGAGCAGUUGCAGGUUUCAAGGAGUUUCUUCAGACCAUCAAACCUCAUUCAGGCUGCAGAGAUGGGUUUCUGCAGGACAUUUGGGAGCAAUCAUUUGAUUGUUCAUUCUCAAAAUCAGAAUUACAAGAAACGUCCAAUAGGCAAUGCCCAGUGGAAAAGAAACUAGAGGAUCUUCCUGGGCCCGUGUUUGAAGUGGAAAUGACCGGCCACAGCUACAGUGUCUACAAUGCUGUUUAUGCUGUGGCUCAUGCUUUGCUGGCUCUAUUCAUGUCAGGGUUUAAUAAGAAAAAAACAAUGAUGCUUAAAAAAACUGACCUUCCACAUCUGCAGCCUUGGCAGGUUCUUCCCAUUUCUCUGUGUAAUGACCAUUGUUCCCCUGGAUACUGGAAGAAAGAGGUUGAAGGAAAACAAUUCUGUUGCUAUGACUGUGUUCCAUGUCCAGAAGGGAAGAUUUCAACUCAAAGGGAUGUGGAUGACUGUUUUGAAUGUUCAGAAGAUCAUUAUCCAAAUAAAGAAAAGAAUGGAUGUAUCCUGAAAUUGCUGGUCUUUCUAACCUUUGAAGAAACUUUAGGAAUUGGUUUAGCUUCAGCAGCUCUUUGUUUCUUCUUCUUGACAUCUUGGGCACUUGGAACUUUUAUUAAGCACAGGGAUACUCCUAUUGUCAAAGCCAACAACCGGUCCCUCACUUAUGCCCUCCUUGUCUCUCUUCAGCUCUGCUUUCUCUCCUCUUUGCUUUUCCUCAGCCAACCUGGCAAAGUGACCUGCCUUGCCCGACAAUCAAUGUUUGGUGUCACUUUCUCAGUGGCCAUUUCUAGUGUACUGGCCAAAACCAUCACUGUGGUUGUGGCUUUCAUGGCCACUAAACCAGGAUCUCAGAUGAGGAGAUGGGUGGGGAAAAGAUUGGCUUUUUCUAUUGUCCUCUCAUGUUCUCUCUUACAAGUGUGCAUUUGUGUUGUUUGGUUGUUGACAUCUCCCCCAUUCCUUGAGUUGGACAUGAAAUCAGGGCUCCAAGAAAUGAUUUUACAGUGCAAUGAGGGUUCAGAUUUCUUCUUCUACUGUGUCUUGGGCUACAUGGGUAUUCUGGCUAUUGCCAGCUUUACUGUGGCUUUCCUUGCCCGUAAAUUACCUGACAGCUUUAAUGAAGCCAAGUUCAUCACCUUCAGCAUGUUGGCCUUUUGCAGUGUAUGGAUCUCCUUCUUUCCAGCCUAUCUGAGCACCAAAGGAAAAGCCAUGGUAGCUGUGGAGGUCUUCUCCAUCUUGGCCUCCAGCGCUGCAUUACUGGGAUGCAUAUUCCUGCCAAAGUGUUACAUCAUUGUUUUACGGCCUGAGCUAAACCACAGGGAGCAACUCAUAAAGAGAAAUUAG